CGUCUCACUCAGUUCGAAGAACACAAUGUGACUGUAAAUUCAGAGAGGACGCCAGUCCGAGAGAAGAGCCUCCAAAGGCUGCCUGCCAUCAUGAGCUCCUAACAUCUGUGUGACCCAUCAUCACAAUGAGCGGCGCCGCACUGGCCGUGGUGGUCGUGGUUGUUUUCCUCCUGGCCCUCUACCUCCUGCAGCGUUAUGGAGACCUGCGGAAGCAGCAGCGGGUCGUCCUGCUGGGGACACUGCUGUCCUGGUACCUCUGCUUCCUCAUCGUCUUCAUCCUGCCAUUAGAUGUCAGCACGACAAUCUACAAGCAGUGUGUUUUUGACAAUUUAAAACACACUUCGCCUGUAAUUCGAUCAACUCACACGAAUCAGACAGAAGACAGCUCACUUCCUCAUUUGCCUAGAAGUGUACCGAAGUGUGAGGAGCCCUGGAGUUACAUCCCGGAUGGCAUUCUGCCAGUGUUCUGGAGAGUUGUAUACUGGACUUCGCAGUUUCUGACAUGGAUGCUGCUGCCCUUCAUGCAGUCUUAUGCACGCGCAGGAGCUUUCUCCAGGAUGGGAAAGAUGAAAACUGCUCUGAUUGAAAAUGCUAUUUAUUACGGCACCUACCUCCUCAUCUUCAUCUCUCUGCUCAUUUAUCUGGCUGCUCACCCAAAGUGGACACUCACAUGGACACAGCUCCAGACCAUCGGUAUUACAGCUGCCAAUACCUGGGGUCUCUUCCUUCUGGUGCUGUUGCUGGGCUAUGGCCUGGUGGAGAUCCCACGUUCUUAUUGGCUCUCAUCCUCCCCCGAUUACUUGCUGGCCAAGACAUACUUCAAAGCAGCAAAGAUUGCUGUUGAGAAAGCAGAGGCUGAAGAGAACUUAGUCGACGUCAUGGAGGAGGUAGCAGGAGUCCACGAAUCCAUCAGGCAUAACCACAGUCUCAGGAAGUGUGUGGACACCAUUUUGACGAAGUGUCCAGUCGAGUACCAAGAGGAGAUUGGAAGAAAUGUGGAGAACUCUGGUGGAGAGCCCAGUGUCAUUCCCACUAAAAAAAGCUUAAUCAACCUUCACAAAAAGGUAAUCUCUGCUGUGCAGAGACAUGGCCAGACUCGGGUCCAGUGGUCCAUCUUGUCGGACCAGGCCUUUCAUCUUGAAGACGUUACAAAGAGCAGGAGCAGCCCGACCAGACAGUUCACCCACAGCUUCCUUGUGACUCCCAGCAGCUGGAUCCGCAGGUUCAUCUACACCUCGACUGUAGAGUGGUACUGGGAGUGUGUUUUCAGGCAGGGCUUCUGCCGGUUUGUGGCCGUGCUGCUGUGUCUCCUCUCUGCAGCAGUGGUCUGGUCUGAGUGCACCUUCUUCAGCACACAUCCUGUUCUGUCUCUGUUUGCUGUUUUUAUCCAGGCGGCAGAAAAGCAUUACAACUACAUUUGGAUUGAGAUGGCCUGCUUUGCCAGCAUCCUCUUCAUGUGCGUGUGCGUCUACUCCACAGUGUUCAGCAUACGCUUUUUCAAUUACUAUUACCUGGUGCCUCAUCAUCAGACUGACGCCUACAGCCUGCAGUUCAGUGGCAUGUUAUUUUGUCGCCUGACUCCUCCUCUGUGUCUCAACUUCCUGGGCCUGAUUCACAUGGACUCUGCAAUCUCCCAUCAGGACAGAAUCCAGACCUCCUACACCUCUAUCAUGGGCUCUAUGCGUCUCCUGUCUUUCAUAUCUGAUGGCUUUUACAUCUAUUAUCCUAUGCUGGUGCUGCUGCUCUGCUUGGCCACUUUUUACAAGCUGGGCUCUCGCUGUUUGAACCUCCUGGGCUUCCAUCAGUACGUCUCUGAUGAUGACCUGAUCUCUGACCUGGUGGAUGAAGGCAGGGAGCUCAUCAGAAGAGAGAGGAGGAAAAGGCAGAAAGCUGAAGAUGGAGAAAAUCGGAGAUUUGCCUGGAGGGAACGUUAUGGAGUUCAAGGAGCUUCUGGGCGGUCCAGAGCGAGUUACACUGAGUUAAAGGAUAACCAGAACAGCCCUGUGACAGAGACCAAGAGAAGCGGUAUCACAUUUACCAGAGGAGAUGGAAAUAUAGACGACCAGCAGACCAGCUUACUUCAGGACUACCCCAGUGAGAAUGGAUCACCAAACAGGAGGUCCACCGGAGGACGUUAUCUAUCUUUAUCACCUUCAAUGACGGGAAUAUUUUAUGAUGUUUGAAAAGCAGUUCAAACAUAAGGCUGCUUGGUGCAUUCUGGGAAUUAUAUGAUUGAUGAUUAAACUGACUUGAUAAAGAAAAUGUGACACUAUGGUAAAGAUUAUUAGGACAUGCAAAUCUUACCAGUUGAGGUUUACCAAUGGAGACAACACCACCCGUAUUAAUGGAGGGAUUUCUACCACUGAUGAUUUCUGCUGGUUCACAGAAAUCAGCAAAUGUGAAGGAAUAGUUCUCCUCCAAGGCUUUAACUUCUUUGUGUAUAGUCAAACUUUAUCUUUUAAACAUUUUGCUAUGUAAACAGAUUGAUAAAUGGCUAUGUUCAUGGCAGAAAUUUGUCACUGUCUGAGAAUUUGUUGUUGAUACUUGUUUCUUUUUUAAAUAAAAUCAAAGACACAAUA